GGGACCUUACGUCAAGUGACGAAUUCUCAAAAUUGUCUAGAUUCCACCACCUGAUCUCUUUAAUCCACCUUGCCCUAUCACAUAGAAGGCCUUAUUAAGGCCUUAGUAGACGGCGGAAAAUACUGUCAUUCGAUUUUGGAAUCUAUCCUUCUAACAGUGUUUGACAGAUGCCAUUCGUAAAAUCUUAAUUCGGCAUGCUCAUUUACGAUUUGCUUCCGAGUAGAUUUUUUCUAUCAAAGUCUAUAGAGCGAAAUGAAUUUUAUGAUGAUGAUGAAUAAAAACAAAAAAAUGGGAAGCAACGAAUGAUUCUUUCGGAUAAAGCCAAGUACCUCUAGACCAGCCAGAAACUACAUUAGUUGAUUUACUUUUCAUCCCAGUAUCGCAUAGAUACUGGAUUACGCAUUCAAAUAUCUUCAAAGUCGCUGGCUACCCGGAUAGCCUGGUUGCGUGGAUUGUGAUAUUUUUUCAGUUGCCAAAGACACGACUAAGUAUGCUACCAUAGUAUACAUACUAUGCAGACCAAAUCAUGUAUUCACCGAUUUGCCUUGAAAUGUUUUAAUAGCAUGCUGAUGUUUUAAGAGUGUUCUUUCGAAUUCAAGAAGUACUGACAUUCUUCCUAGAUUAAUACGAAAAAUGCCCAUUGUGAAAAAGAAAACCAUACUGAAUGACUUACAUAAUGCAUUCGAAACCAACCUAAGGAGGAAAUCUAGCAAAACGAUUCCUAUUCAACUUGUUGGUGAUGAAAACAAAGAUAACAAUUCCCUUCAUGAUCCGCUAGAAACUAUAGAUGAAAAAAAUCAACAAACGGAAGCUGCUGCUAUUGAAUCUGUAGCGUCGGUAAAACCCGUUUCAAAACAAAAUGAAAGUACAGAGAAACAUCAGAACAAAGUUGCUGAAUUUCAAUUGCACAUCGCAUCGUACAUCUCCAAAAUCGUGUCCUUGCGUGUAGCUAAACUCGCUGCUAACGACGAGAAGAUUACUCAACUAGGAAUGUCCUUUUUUGACGAUUGCAUUGGUGCUAUAGAUAUUACCAAACUUGUGCAGCUAAUCGAUAAGGCUCGAACAAAUUUAUCAAAUGAGCGAAAGCGGCUUUUCGUAGUCAUGAAGCGAUUAAAACGAAAUGAUAUGCAAAACUAUCAGCUCGACAAACAAAUGCAGGAUGUUAGCCUGGAGCAGUACUACGAGCUGAAAGCGGAAGUUAACCGCAUCGGAGAAAAACUCGAGGAGACACACAAACGGAUGAACAAUUCGCGGCAACAGUUUGAAAACGAUGUUGCACGUGCCACUCACGUGCGAGAAAAGUUGUUUAACUCACAAAACCUAAUACUGUCUGUAAUGCAGGACGUUUCUGGAGUAAAAGGUGACUUCUCUAUCUACAAACAAACGCUGUGCGAUAGACUGGAGCUUAAAAAGCAGCUACGCAGGAAAAAUGAAUCCCUGAAACAACGUGUCCAUUUAUUCAAGCUUAUGCCUUGGUACGGACAAACAAAGAAACAGCUAGAGCUCACCAAAUCUUUUGUGAAAAAAUUUGAAUAAUAUACCGCCCGAGUUGAGAAGUAAUAAGCAAUAAAAACUGCAAACUAUUUUAAUAGGACGCACUAA